AAACAGCGCGAGAUUUGAAAUUGUUUAUGUCAAAAGGCAUCAAGAUGGGAGAAACUGCUGUGAAUAGCGAAAUUCCAGAGAUUCCUUUUUCAGAAGAGGAAAUCGAGCGUGAUGUGCUUUUGACAAUCGAAAAUUUAAUUUCUGAAGUGCAGUCCGACCAGCCCGACGCAGAAUUUGACGAAAGACUGAUUUGCGAGGAUCUUUUGGGACAGGUUUUGGAUACGGUUGAAUCACAAUUAUUGGGCCAGGAAGUAGAAAAUGAGCCAGAGGAAGUAGAAAUGGCCCCUCUUCAGUCUGAGCCAUCAGAAGUAAAAAUAGAAACAGUUGAGCCGUCAUCCACAGAGCAAGAAGAAAGCUCUAAGAAAAAUGUUAAAUGCCAUCGAUGCAAAGCUAGCUCAUCUUGGAUUUGGAGAAAAAGCUCAACUGGCGGUGGAUUUGUCUGCACAAAUUGCGACAGCCGAGAUUCCAGAUUUGACGAGGAGCAGCCACCGACAAAAAGAACUCACAGAGACUCUUUGGUCCUCAAUGACGGCGAUUCUCUCGAUUUGGACCUGAAAUCUACAGACUUGAUCAAAAUCGAAGCGGACGCGGAUGGCGAUUUUACGACAACCCCGCUGCCAACUCGGAAAAGCUCUCGAAGCACAAGAAGCACGCUCUCAAACUCAAAUCCCUAUGCGUAUCCGAGGCCUGUCGUUUCAAAACCGAAAGAAAAGAAAUCCGUCAUUCGAAAUGCACCAAACUACGCAUCUCCGAGUCCGGUAUUAAAGUUAGCAACGCAGGUGCGGUACAGGGGAACCAGCAUCAGAAUAGGAGACAUAGUGUCAGUCCGAGGCCACGACGGGGCAAUCUACUAUGCUCAAAUCAGAGGAUUGCUUGAAGAUCAGUAUUGUGACAAGAGUGCCGCGCUAACUUGGCUUUUGCCCACGAAAAACAGUCCUCCACCAGAGAGAGGCUUUGAUCCAGACACAUACAUUCUUGGCAUGGAGGAGGACGUUCCUAGAUCGCUGGAAAGCAUGGAAUUUGUGAUGCACGCGCCAUCAGACUAUUUCAAACUGCAACUUCCGUAUGGUUUUGAAGAAACCUACAGCCUAAAUGGCAGCUCGACUUUAUUAAUCUAGUGAAAAAAAUUAUUCAUCUUUCUUCAGUCAUAAUUUUGCACAGAAAGUCGAAAUGGGAGGAAAUUUUAAUCUUUUUAAAAAUUUAUUUUUAUUUCGAUCAGCGGGGGAGUGAGAAUUGCGUGACGCGCAGGUAUGGUGCCAGCUGGUGUACAGCGCGCUUUG